UAUCAUUUGUCAUUUCAUUGUUGUCAUUGAAUAAAAUUGGUACCUAAUAUAAUUAUUAAAAAACUAUAAAUUCUAAUUUUAGUUAACUUGUUCCUUAUUAUUAUCGUUGUUUAAUUGUAUUCAUAUUUGAAGAGGAUUGUUUUUAUUUUAUACUUAUUGCCUUAAAAUUUUUUUGAAUUUAAGACAAUGUCUUACAAUUACGAAGAACUUAGUUUUGAUGAAGCUCGAGAUUUAUUGCGACAAUGGCGUGAAAGCAAUGAGAGACGAAGCGAAGAAGUAGUGGAACUGUGGCUCACAAUACUGAGUGAUGGCUUGGAUAAAAUUGGCAAUGAAAAGCAUGUACUACUGGAGCAGGUGAUAUUUGCAGCUUUGGACUGUCACUGUUACAGUGUUGCCAACAACUGUAUUGCUAUUCUAUCAAAUGAGUUUCCGGGAAGUUUGCGAGUCAAGCGUUACCAGGCCGCACGGCUUGAGGCUGAAGAGAAGUAUACAGAAGCUGUCAUGCUUCUUGACAAAAUUGUUAGAGCAGAUGAAACAAACUCGGCCGUGUACAAAAGGAUGAUAGCCAUACGCAAAGCUCGAGGGGAAAUUAAACAGGCCAUUGAAGAUUUAGUUGACUAUCUAAAGAAGUUCAUAUCAGACGUGGAGGCGUGGCAGGAGCUGUGCGAGUUGUACCUACAGAUGCAGGACUACUCGCGCGCCGCGUACUGCGCCGAGGAGCUGAUCCUCCACCAGCCGCACAACCACCUCAUGCAUCAGCGGCUCGCCGACAUACGGUAUACAAUGGGAGGCAUUGAAAAUAUGGAAUUGGCGAAAUCUUAUUACUGUCAAGCGUUGAAACUCAAUCCUGACAACAUGAGAGCUCUGCUUGGUCUAUUCUUGACAACAAACAACCUGUUGAACCACUACAAGUCGUCGGGCAACAGCUCGAAACGCAAGGAGGUGUGGAAGCUGUGCCAGUGGGCGCAGUCGCAGGCCACCAAGCGGCAGCAGGCGGCCCGCGCCGCGCCAGCUGCGCCCGGCCUCUCACAGAUGAUGCUGGCGCUCGCUAUCACAGAAUAAUUCUAUAAUACCAUUGACGUACAAUAAUUAGACAGGCUAAUCACAAGUGCCCUAGCCAUUACUGCUCGUCUAAGAUACUUUAGUGUGCGAAAUUUGUCUAUGACGGUACAUUGUUCGGAUUGAUACCUGCUGCUGAUUUUCACCACCGUACAGCCCGCCACAAACUAAAGUUUCAUCCCAAUCAUCUGGACGAGUGGCGGUCUUCCACCGUGCGUUUUUCAAGGCACUUUCUUCCACGCACAACCAUUCUUUGGAAUCAACUUCCAGCAGCAGUAUUUCCGAACCGAUACGACAACAUAACCUUCAAGAAAAGAGUAUAUUCCUUUUUAAAAGGCCGGCAGCACACCUGCAAUGCCGCUGGUGUUGUGGGUGAUCAUGGGCGGCGGUAGUCACUUACCAUCAGGUGAGCCGCUUGCUCGUAUGCCCCCUGUGUUGUAAAAACAAAAAAAAAACAUUUUAUUGAAAGAAAUAAAUUUAGCGGAAAUUCAUAUCACUGGUUAAUUAAUUAAUAUAAUUCCAUUAUCAUUAGUGUGCGUACAACUGUCGACAUUAAGAGAUUGAGUAGUAAAGACUACUACCUUGCUUAUUGAUUCAUGAAUCUCCGACCGUUAUUCAGUCUACACACAUGUUGCGAAACGCGUUUCACCUCUAAACGAGACAUUAUCAGGCGAUUAAUUGUACAAAUCUAUUGCCAAUAACAGUUUUCUACUACACUCAUGAAACAAUAGUUAGGAAUUACAUUAUAAUUGGGAUCGGUUUACAAUAGUUUGCAUUGGCAAGUUACACUAAUAUGCAUCUAUCAGAACAAUAUGGAACCAUUAUGUCGCUAGUGUUGCUAUUCGAGAGUACUGUUAAACGUCUCAAUUCCAAUAUCGAUUUAUUGGAAUUUAUUUCAAGAGUAAUUCCACUGAUCCACGGUUUUUUUUUUAUUUUAUUGGCACAUAAAACAGAUCACAACCAUAAAAAACUUAAAUAAUAGUUACAUUUGUGAUUCGGCUAGGUUAUAAUCCAAUCACAUUAUGUGCACAGCUUGAGUAAUUCAUUAAAAGAUAUAAAUAUAUAAAAAAUAAAACUAUAUAAAAAAAAAUCAAUUUCAGGUUUGUUAGGUUUGUUCUCGGUCUGGUAAAAUAUUAUUACUUAAAAAACCGUGUGUGUACAGUUUUACAGUGUGUAUUCAGCCUAGGAAGAUCAUAGAAUCUCUACUAAAAGUAGUUGUAGGAUUGACAGUAGGGUUCAUCUUUUAAAUAUAUUUAAUCGAUAAUUAAAAAGAACAUUAAUUAUUUUAAAAUAAACGAAUAAAUUUUUAAAUUAUCCAAGUUAACAAAACACUCUCAAUCAAUCAAUCGAGAAAGUCAAUUCUGAAACGUUGGCAAUCGUACCCAUACUAAUAGUAACGAAACUAAACCAAAUAAUUUUAUUCAACAAACUAAUUAGUGUCUAUCAAUUAGAAUUCUUCCAAAAUUCAGCCUGUAUUUGAAGGAAUUGUAAUUAUUAAUAUAAAUUGCUCGGACACUUUGUGAAUAACUAUCAAGUUUAAUUAUAAUACAUCAAUGUAUAAAAAUAAAUAAAAAAAAUUAUUAUUAUAGACAGCUAGAAAUGUAUGUAAGGAUAAAGGUAUUGGGCAAUCGGUUUGCGUAAAUCCCAUAAGUAUCUGGCGUAAUAAAUGUAGACGAAAUGUAGUCUUUGCGUAAUCUAUUAUUCAAGAGUUACUUUCUCGAUGUUCUUAUUUUUCUGUAUCUUCAAUACUGUGAUCUGAUGUUCUCAGAAACUCAGACCAUUUGCAGGUUGUAUUUAUAAUUUGUUACAAAUACUGAACACUGCCCUAAUUAGUUAUGUAUAAAAUGCAUUUUAUUCUAGUUAAUUCUUUAAUUUUAUGUAAAAGUUAUAUAAAGGAAUACUUUGAAAUGUUUAUUGUUACAAACUAUAAUUCACACGGACACGUUAUUAAAUUAUGAUUACCACAAA